AUGAUGCUGGAUUGCAGCUCCCAUCAGCUCCAGCCAGCAUGGCUAAUGGUCAAGAAUGAUGAUCCACAAUAUCUGGAGGAUACCGCGUUAGCUAUCCCCAGUAGGCAUUGGCUAGCGGUCGUAUUCCUGGCCCACCUGUGGAUGCCAGAAAUUGAAUCUGGGAUCUUCAGCAUGCAAAUCAGAUGCUCUAUCACUGAGCCAUGGACAGUCAGCCAGGAAGACAUGGAGGGCCUUGAGUUCCUCACCUGCGUACACCGUCAUGUGGAUUCUCCAGUAAAGCCUGAACUGAAUUUUUUUCCAGUGCACUAA